CUUGUAUUUUGUUUUACACUUCAAUUUACUGGCAAGGCCAGGCAGGCCACCGCAACGUCGACUAUUCAUUCUUGAUUGUGGCUUGAGCACGCUAUCAACAAUCCCGGACGAAGCAGGAUGCGUUGACUGUUGGCCGUUUGCUAGUGACUCAGUCGGUCACGUGCCAUACAGGGACUGGCCUCUAUGAUGUGCAAGACGAUAUGUGCAGACAAGUCAUUAAAUACCUUUUCAGGUUGCAUAAAUAGGGACUAAUUAUUGGACGAGCGAAUGAACCCUCAGCGAAGAGCAAGUGAUAAGCAGGUCCACUGCGUCUCCAAAUCUUCGGGUUCUCUUCCCGAAGCCGCAACCGCAAUCGUUUGUUUCCCUAUAAUAUCUGCCUUUUGAUCUUGUUGCUCAUACAUACUUCGUCUAUUUCAUCCAAUUCUUCCAGGACACACGCUAAGCUCAUCACUAUUGAAGUAAUCCAACAAAUGGCAUCUGAACGUACCCUUGCGUUCAUAGGUUGCGGAAAUAUGGGUUCAGCUAUUCUGAGCGGCCUCCUUGAUGCGGCACAUCGGACGACAGAUUCCAAUGGUAGUGCGUCAGAAAAGGUCUCACGUUUUAUUGUGAGCACGAAGAGCGCUGCUUCUGCUCACCGACUUUGCGAUGAGUUUCAAGCGGAUGAAGAUCGUGUUGAGAUUAGACAUUCGGAAAAUCUUCUCGCCAUGCAAGAGGCAGAUAUUGUCCUGCUUGCAUGCAAACCUUAUAUGGCCGAGGAAGUUCUGGGCGAGCCUGGUGUGCGGGAGGCCCUAGCAGGGAAAUUGGUGAUCAGCAUCAUGGCGGGGAAGACACCUGAAGAUAUCGAGAAGUAUAUCUAUCGCGAUUCACCCGCAGACGAAGCCGCAUCGAAGGCGAUCAUCGUAAGAGCAAUGCCCAAUGUUGCAGCUCGUCUGCGUCAGUCGAUGACCAUCAUCGAGGUCAACAACGAUCUUUCGUAUGACAUGGCCGACACCUUGACCUGGAUUUUCGAACAGAUCGGAAAGGUGAAGUUUCUGGAGACAGAUCUGUUUGAUAUCGGCACAGUGCUUGUGGGUUCCUCCAUUGCUGUUCUGACUGUUCCGUUGGAUGGCGUUCUAGAUGGCUGCGUCGCGGAGGGACUCCGAAGAGCAGAUGCGUUGGAAAUGGCAGCGCAGAACUUGAUCGGAAUGGCUGGUUUGCUGCGAGAAGGGGUGCAUCCAGCAAUCCUAAGAGAAAGUAUCUCUUCCCCACGGGGUUGUACAAUUCAGGGUCUGUUGACGGUGGAGAAGGAGGGCGUGAGAGGAGCGUGCGCACAAGCGAUGAUCAACGGAGCUAGACAUCUAAAGGAAACGCCUUGAUAGUUCAUGUGAUAUAGAAAGAACUGCCUAGGACAUAGAUGGAAACUGACC